CGACAAGGUGUAAACAUGAAGUUGAUUUUAUUGUUCGCUGUGAGCUCUUAUGCUAUAGCGCUAAGCUAUGCCAAGGAUACUUUCUAUAAUGGCUUUAAGAUGUAUGAGGUCUCCAUGAUGGAUCGGCAAGCUGGACGGCGCUUGGACUAUUCGAUGCUGGAAAAUAAUAAUUCGUACUACGAAGUCUACUCCAGAAAUGGAGCAUCUGCUCAUAUUCUGGUGCAUCCCGAUGCGCAAGCAGAUAUCUUAAAGCUGCUCAAUGCCAAUAUGAUGAACUAUAAAAUUGUUCAUAACGAUGUCGGCUUAUGGCUCCAACGUGAUUUUGAAAUGAAUCAAAAGUUACGCAAUUUGUACCCUUACCAAGGAAAGCUGGGCACAGAGCGGUAUUACUCGCAUGAUGAGAUCAAUCAGUUUAUUGAGGACUUGGCCAAGCAGAAUCCCACGCGAGUUGAGGUCAAGACGGUGGGCAAGUCCUUUGAGGGUCGUUGGUUAAAGACGAUUCGGAUCACCAAUGGAGACGGACGGGCUAACAAGAAUGUCAUACUCGUGGAUGGUGGCUUCCAUGCACGUGAAUGGAUCUCACCGGCUGCCGUGGUUUAUGGCAUUAACGAAUUGGUCAACAACUACGAGGCGCAUGCUCAGCUAUUGCAGGACUACGACUGGGUUAUUCUACCCGUAGUCAAUGCGGAUGGCUAUGAGUAUACACAAAUCUCUCCGGAUACGCGCAUGUGGCGUAAGACUCGUCAGCCAAGCAGUGCAGAUUGCAUUGGCAUCGAUCCCAAUCGUAAUUUUGAUUUUCACUGGAAUGAAACUGGUGCCUCCUCGGAUCCGUGCUCCCAAACUUAUGCGGGACCAAAGGCUUUCUCUGAACCUGAAGCAAUUGUUGUGCGUGAUCUGAUACACAGUCUGGCGGAUCGUGGCAAAAUGUAUUUAACAGUGCAUUCCUAUGGAAAUUAUAUACUCUACCCCUGGGGCUACAUUGACUUACUCCCAGACACCUGGGAGGAUCUGGAUGAGGUUGGACGUGCCGGUGGAGAUGCCAUUAAAGCAGCUACCGGCACCGUUUACAAGGUGGGCUGUUCUACCCAAUUGAUGUAUCCAGCUGCCGGUGCUAGCGAUGAUUAUGCCUUCAAUGCUGGGUUCCCAAUAUCAUUCACCAUGGAACUGCCCGCUGGUGGCGCUAAUUAUUUCGAUCCUCCACCUGCGGAUAUCGAUAGGCUAGUCAAAGAGACCUGGGUGGGUAUUGUGGCAAUGGCUCAGAAGGUGGUUGAAAAGUAUCCACUUAAUUAAAGCUUUUGAGCAAUAAAAAGCAAAAUUAUUACAA